UUUUCACAAAAAAAAAAAAAAAUUGCUGGGAGCAGGGGGGAACACUCGGGAAUAAAUUGCCCCCGUGGAGGGAAGGAGGUGACGCUGCUCUUCCUGCGAUGAGCGGGCCUGUCCUCAGCCCUGAGAUUGCAGGGGCCGUGGCGAGCAGCAGGGUUGGGUUCGCCCCAACGCGAAGGCAGGUUUAUAAAUAAUUAAUGGUUAAUCAGGGCCGGGCCUAAUUACCCAGCGGUAACCGGAGAGGAGGGCUGGAGGGAGAGCGCAGCCCUGCUUCGGCACUCUGCCGCGGGGCUGCGUGCCGGACAUGGCGCCAUGGAGCGGGGCUGGGCGCCGCCGCGUUGGAGGGGGCCCUGGAUCCUCUGCCUGCUGCCGGCGCUGGCGGGGGGUGAGCACAGACCUGACCCCCCAAAAACACCCCUCAGCGUGGAGCCAGCAGAGACCCGACCAACUCGCGGCACCUCUCGGCCAGGUCAGCUGCUGGCGGCCAGCGAGGCGGCUUACGAGGAGCGGACGGUGACGGGGGUGCGGGGCCGGGUGGUGGAGCUGAGCUGCGGGCCGGCGGCAUCGGCACCGCCAGCCGUGGUCUUCUGGAGCUUCACGGGGGCCUCGGGGCCACCGCGGGCCGUGGCGGUGGGCUCGGGCCAGGAGGUGGUGGUGGCCCCCGGCACGGGGACGCUGGGCCGGGUGACCCUGCGCAACGGGACGCUGGAGCUGCGGGAGCUGCGGGCGGCCGCCCAGGGCCGGUUCCUCUGCCAGGGGCUCUUCCCGGAGUGGGGGCAGCUCCGCGUGGGCUACGCCGCCGUCCUGCUGCGCGUCCUGGUGCCCGUCUCCAAGCCCUUCGUGCGGCCGACGGCAGCGGCGGCGGCAGAGGGGACAGCGGUGGCCCUGACGUGCGCCGUGCGGGAGGGGACGGAGCCGCUGAGCUUCUCCUGGCAGCACCGCGAGCCCCGGGGGGGUCCCUCAGCAUCCCCCGCGGGGCUGGGGGGCUCUGGGGCAGAGCUGCACCUGACGCCCGCCAACCGCAGCCACGCCGGCUGGUACGCCUGCACCGUACGCAACGCGGUCAACAACCACACCAGCGAGCCCGUCUACCUGGACAUCGUCUACGGCCCCGACGAGCCGGCCAUCAGCGUGGAGCCCUUCUCCCCUGAACAGGGGGGCUUCUCAGCAGGAGAGCGGGAGGACGUGGUGCUGAGCUGCCUGGCUCCCUCCAACCCCCCCAGCCGCUACAUCUGGCUCCACAACGGUUCCCAGGUCCACACCGGCCAGACCUACGUCAUCGCUGCCAUCGCCCGCGCCCAGGCGGGCACCUACACCUGCCUGGCCGAGAACACCCAUCUCCAAACCCGAACCCAGGCCACCAUCGUCCUCACCGUCUACUAUCCGCCAGCCGGGACCCCCAGCUGCUCUGCCCUGGCCACCAGUGACCAGCGGGACGUGGCCCUGCGGUGCCGCUGGCUGGGGGGCUUCCCCCCGGCACGGCUGCGCUGGGUGGGCCCCCAGGAGGAGGACGAGGGGGUGAUGGGGAUGAGUUUCUCCAUGGCCACCAGCAUCCAGUCAGGGGCAGCCACCAGGAACAGCAGCUCCUUCUCCUGCCUGGCCUCCCACCCGGCACUGCCACAGGGGGCUGCCUGCGGGACCACCCUGUGGGUCCCGGCCGGCGGCCCUUCCUGUGCAGCGGCGGCCACCAAGGGUGACGAGUUCGUGAUGCUGCGGUGCCAGUGGGAGGGGGGGACGCCACCCGUCACCCUGCACUGGCGGGACCCUGGGGGCCGAGCCCUGGGUGACCCCGCGCCCUCCACCACCGUCCUGGUGCUGAGCGCUGACGGCAGCCUGGGGGGCCGGGAUUUCAUCUGCGCUGCCGCCCACCCGCUGCGGGCCACCGGCACCGAGUGCCGCCUGCGGCUGGAAGCCCCCCGGCUGGAGGCGGAGAGGCGCGAGGUGGCGGUGCUGGAGGGCGGCGAGGCGCGGUUGGCGUGCCGGCGGCGCGGCGGUGGUCUCGGUGCCACCAUGGCUUGGUACGACCCUGAGGAGCGGGAGGUGACGCCGGGGCUGGCCAAGUACCACCUGGAGCGGGGAGAAGAGUGGGUCAACCUCACUGUCCAGGACGUCGAGUGGCCAGCAGACGGUGGGAUCUACCGCUGUGCCGCAGCCAACGCCGUGGGCACCGCCAGCCUCCCCGUCCGCCUCCGUGUGGACCGGUACCCGGCCCCCCCCAACGUCACCAUCAGCAAGCUGCGGUACCUGCGGGCUCGCACCGAGGUGCGGCUGGAGUGGCGGACGCAGGGCACCGGCAACCUCACCGGCUUCGUGGUGCAGCGGCGCCAGGCCAGGAGACCCCGCCGGCGGGUGCCCGGCCCCUGGGAAACGGCCGCCGGUGACAUCGAGCCCCACUCCCGCAACCGGCGCCUGGGGGGGCUGGACCCGGCGGUGGUUUACGCUUUCCGCAUCCUGGCCGUCAACCACCGGACAGCCGGGCACCCCUCGGAGGUGCAGACGCCAGCCGAGCCCCCCUUCGAGGCCUACCCAGCAGUGACAGGGGCAGCAGUGGCAGGGAUGCUGGUGGCCACCGCCACAUCGUUCCUGGCCGUGCGCUGCAUCGCCCGCCACCGGGACACCCUCCCACGGCUGCACGACCUGCUCUUCCACACGGCCAGUCCCGGGGCCCAGGAGCCGGUGGGCGCGCCGGAGGACGCCGAAACAGCCGCAAGCAGAGAGGAUGGAGCAGCACCAGCACCAGGAGACCUGUCAGCCCCUGGCACAGCAGCAGACCUUGCAGAGCCACUGUCAGCACCGCCGGACCCCACUGAUGACCCACCGGUUAAUGUCACCAUCACCGAGACCGCGACACCAUGACCGCUCCCCCCACUGGUCCCCUUUAUAUCCCUUUCCUCCGCUUGUUCCGCGCCACGGGACAGCAGCGCCUGCCUGUGCC